GCAGCGGUUGGAGGAUGAAAUCGUACCACCAUCCAUUAGCGAGACGCGGACCAGACGCUCUGGUCUGCACUCCGCAGGCAGGCGACUAGGCAAGCACGCACGGCCUGCCGUCCCCGAGAUGGCGGCGACCCUUCGGCCUCCCCGCUCCAUCUCCGUCUCCGUCCCGUGCGCUGCCCUCGGCGCCUCGCUCCACUCCUCGGUGCCGUUUUCCCGCAAGCCAUCACUCCCCUGCGGCAGAGCAUGCCGCGCCGGCGUCCGGUGCUCCGCCGCGAACAAGCCCUCUCCUCCUCCCCCCACCGCUCCGGACAGCAGCGAGGUAAGCUCCAUAGCGAGGAUACGGAGUGAGGUGCUGUCCCCGUUCCGGUCGGUGCGGAUGUUCUUCUACCUCGCGUUCAUGGCCAGCGGCGCGCUGGGGGGCCUCAUCGCCCUCGCGCAGCUCCUCCCCGCGCUGUCCAACCCCGCGAGGGCCGCCGGCGCGGCCGAGACGCUCAAGGGCCUGGGCAUCGACGCCGCGGCCGUCGCGCUCUUCGCCUUCCUCUACUCGCGCGAGAGCAAGGCCAAGGACGCCCAGGUGGCCAGGCUCGCGCGCGAGGAGCGCCUGUCCAGGCUCAAGCUCCGCGCCGGCGCCGGGGACGGCAGGCCGUUCGCGCUCGGCGAGCUGCGCGGCACCGCGCGGCUCGUCAUCGUGGCGGGGCCCGGGGAGUUCGUCGCCGAGUCGUUCCGCCGGAGCCAGCCGCUCCUGAGGGAGCUCGCGGAGAGGGCCGUGCUGGCGGUGCCCUUCGCCACGGACGGGGACGCGCCCGAGCUCCGGCUCGACGAGGGCGGCGUCGACGACGACGACGACCUUGCCAGGAGGAGCAGGAGGCUCUGGCAGCUCACGCCGGUGUACACCACCGAAUGGGCACAAUGGUUAGACGAUCAGAAGAAGCUGGCCGGCGUGCCACCUGAUUCCCCCGUGUACCUCUCGCUCCGGAUGGACGGGCGCGUCCGCGGCAGCGGCGUGGGCUACCCGCCGUGGCAAGCGUUUGUGGCGCAGCUGCCGCCGGUGAAAGGGAUGUGGUCGGGCCUCCUUGACGGGAUGGACGGCAGGGUGCUCUAGACCAACAUUGCGAGAAGCCACCCGUUUUGCAGUGACAAGUUUAGCUAGAUGUGACCAGUGCUUACAAGGAUUUUUUUUUUUACUUUACUUGUUGUUCAUCAGAGUUGAAACUGAGAACGUAUUAGCAUAGUAGCACACGGGCGUAGAAUCAGUUAAAGACAGACACCGGGUGUGUAACCCAUCAUCUUCCUGCGUAUGUACAUGUAUACUGGGUGUUUAUAAGCGUGUAAUACUUGCGGUAAAUCAGAAUGCGCACACCUAUUUCUUCACUAAUAAUAAACGGAAAAUGUACCUA